AUGCAGCCUGUGCUAGCUCUGCUGCCCCCUCUCUUGCUGCUGCCCCUGGUGUACACAGGUCAGCCUCAGGACCAGAGGAUGGUGAGAACUAUGCCAAGCUCUCUGGAUGAGGGUGAAACAUGCUAUUGUGUGGUCCACUUGCCCAAAUCCGUCCUGCUACAGCAGCUGGAACAACUCCAAGGUACAACCCAGGAACUUGUUAGCAAGUUUAAGCAAGUAUUGUCCAUGGUCGGUGCAUUUGUACCUGCCAUUAAAGGCCACAACAACCAGGUCCUGAAAGUGAGCCACAUGCUGAAGUCCAGAAAUUCCAGUGUCCUCACUCUCUCAUCUGAACCCUCAACCUUUGACCAGCUGCACUUAGAGCUGGAGAGAGUACAGAACUUGUUGACCCAGCUUAAUGCCAAUGGAGGAGUUAGUGGGGCUAGGUAUCUCCUCCACCAACUUCAAAGCCAGGUGACUAAUAUCAGUCUUACGCUCAAACUUCUGGCUGAUGCUGACCAGAGCAGCUUUCGUGCUCUCCAACGGCAGGUGGAUAUCCUUGAGGCCCAACUACAGGAGUGCGAGAGAGAAAGGGAGCAAGAGACUUACAGACACCGCGGUCCAUUUUUGCCCCCCGGUUCUUGCAGUUGUGGAAGCCUCCAGAAAGUCAGCAGACCCUUUGUAGUGAAGCUCAAUUGGAGGGGAUUCUCAUACAAAGCGGGUUCCUGGGGCCGAGACUCAGCACCAAAUCGGACCUCUUCCCUUUAUUGGGUGGCCCCCUUGAGUGCAGAUGGCAGGUACUUUGACUACUAUCGGUUAUACAAGUCCUAUGAUGACCUGGUGCUGCUGAAGAACUAUAAAGAGCAGAAGAUGGGUUAUGGUGAUGGCAGUGGAAAUGCUGUAUACAAUAACUUCAUGUACUUUAACUACUAUGGUUCAAAUGACAUGGCCAAGGUGGAUCUUGCCUCCAACACCCUAGUACUACAGCGCCCAUUGCCUGGUGCCACUUAUAAUGACCGUUUCUCUUAUGCUGGUGUACCCUGGAAGGCCUUGGAUUUUGCUGUUGAUGAGAAGGGGCUGUGGGUGCUCUAUGCCACUGAGGGAAGCAGGGGCAAUCUGGUUAUAAGUCGUCUCAAUGCCAGUACCUUAGAAGUGGAGAAAACUUGGCACACUAGGCAGUACAAGCCAGCCCUGUCGGGGGCCUUCAUGGCCUGUGGGGUGCUUUACACCUUACGUUCACUGAGCACUCGCCAAGAGGAGAUCUUCUAUGCUUUCGAUACUGCCACUGGGCAGGAACAGCAUCUCAGCAUUAUACUGGAUAAGAUGCUGGAAACCCUGCAAGGUAUCAAUUACUGCCCCCUGGAUCAAAAACUUUAUGUUUUCAAUGAUGGUUAUCUGAUCAAUUAUGACCUCACCUUCCUGAAGUGUGAGCUACCAAGAUUACCAACCAAAAGACCCUCCAAGGCAUAUGCCCCACAAAAACCUGUCAGUGCCCCAAAACUUUCUAUGCCCUGA